AUGCCACCGCUUCAUUCAUCCGGCCAUGCCAAGAAGAAGGGUCCCUCGGCCUUCGCAAUCGAGCCCAUCAAAGCCUUCUAUAUUUUCCUAGGAGCCAACAUGAUAUCAGCUGUCUUCGCUCCGAUCCAAGACUGCGACGAGACCUUCAACUACUGGGAACCAACCCAUUACCUAUCACACGGCUAUGGCUUGCAAACGUGGGAGUACUCUCCCGACUAUGCCAUCCGCAGCUGGUUCUAUGUUGCGUUGCACGCCAUAGUGGGAAACUUUCGGAGGCUGCUCCCGCAAUCCACCAAAGUUGGCGAGUUCUACUUUGUCAGAUAUGUUCUGGCUUUCAUCUGCGCCCUCUGCCAGGUGCUGAUGUUCCGGGUCGUCAGCUUCACCCUGAAUGCGCGAAUCGGUCUCUUUUUCCUACUUGCGACGGUUCUAAGCCCUGGAAACUUCCAUGCAGCGACUGCCUACCUCCCAUCCAGCUUCGCUAUGUACAUGUCACUGCUUGGAGCAACUGCCUUCAUGAAUUGGCGCGGUGGGCUGAAGACCUCAUGGGGCAUAUGGUGGUUCGCUGUUGGCGGCAUUCUCGGAUGGCCUUUUGCAUCUGCUCUAUGUGCCCCUUUCCUGCUCGAAGAGGCCAUGUUUGCUGUGUUUAGCGACCGAGAACGCUUCUACGAAGCCGCCCUGCGCGUUAGUCGUGGUGUCAUUGCCGCCUUUCUACUCCUCAUUGGUGAUACGGCCAUCAACACCUUCUUCUACAAGAAAGUGGAAACUGCCGCGUGGAAUAUCGUCAAAUACAACAUCUUCUCGAAGACUGGCGGGCCCGAGCUAUAUGGAACAGAACCCUGGACCUUCUACUUCCGCAACCUUGCAAUCAACUUCAACCUAUGGUUCAUACUGGCCCUAUUAUCCUUGCCGUUGUUCAUGAUCCAAAAGGCAGCCUCAGUGCGACAGACUGGCUUCCAGUCGGGAAUGCGUACCAUUGUCUUCCUCGCACCUUUUUACAUGUGGCUGGGCAUAUUCACGCUUCAGCCACACAAGGAAGAGCGGUUCAUGUACCCGGUGUAUCCAUUCCUCGCCCUGAAUGCUGCUCUGGCACUCCACAUUAUCCUCAACGCCUUUGGCAAUUCUGAUCCCAAGACACUGAUUGGAAAGAUCCCAGCGCGGUUGAAGCUGGUUGCCGUCACAUCAGUCCUAUUCCUGUCUCUUGACCUCGGACUUGCCCGUGUCAUUGGAAUUUAUACAGGUUAUUCUGGGCCGCUGACGCUCUACUCCCCUCUUGGCGCUGGCAAUCCUGGACAAGAAGGUCUAGGCGGUCGUGGGGACUACGUCUGCUUCGGAAAGGAGUGGUACCGGUUCCCCAGUUCAUACUUCCUGCCACGCGACAUGCACGCCAAGUUCAUUCGAUCAGAGUUCCGUGGCUUGUUGCCGGGCGACUUCUCAGAAGCGCGCACUGGCUUUGGUUUCUGGAGCGGAACGUGGCUGCCAACGAGCGGCAUGAACAAUCGAAAUGAGGAAGACUUGGGCAAGUACGUUGACAUUCGCCAGUGCUCGUUCUUGGUCGAUACGCAAUAUCCUGAGAACACGGAGCCGCUUCCGCCCAACGAGCCCGACUACGUUGCGGACACGGACAAUUGGGCCGUCGCCAAGUGUGUGCCUUUUUUGGAUGCCGGGAAGACGCACUGGUUAGCGAGGGUUCUCUGGUUACCCGACUCGGAGCUAGUGCCGGAGAAGUUUAGACGCAAAUGGGGACGCCACUGUCUGCUCCAGAAGAAGGUUGCGUCUGGUGCGUAA